UCCCCAAGAUGGCGGCCCCCGUGUCAGUACAGGUGGAGUUCGGAGGUGGGGCAGAGCUCUUAUUUGACGGUGUAAAGAAGCACCAGGUCACCUUACCUAGCCAAGAUGAGCCCUGGGAUGUCCGAAACCUUCUCAUCUGGAUAAGGAAGAAUCUAUUGAAGGAGCGGCCAGAGUUAUUCAUCCAGGGAGAUAGCGUGCGGCCAGGGAUUCUGGUACUAAUCAAUGAUGCUGACUGGGAGCUUCAGGGUGAAUUGGACUACCAGUUACAGGACCAAGACAACAUUCUCUUCAUCUCUACACUGCAUGGUGGUUAAAGCAUCCAGCCUCCUCUGUCCUUCAGUCCCUCGCAACUCCCAGGGACCUUCAGGGCAGAAAACAUCCAAAAUGGGGGAACAAAAGAGACAGCAAUCUUUCCCCUCCCCCUUCCCCACAGCCGGAACAUGUGGGACACUAGGGUUCCCAUGACUUUGUCUUCAUGGGGAAGGACCAGGAGAAAAAAGAACCAGCCGGUCCUGCUCUCCCGCCUCUACUUCCCUCCCCCCCCUCCCUCUCUAGCCUUAGCAGCUCUCCCUCUGGGAAGGGAAAUGAGGCCAGGUACUAAAAAUGUGCUGCUUACAGCUUGUGUGCUUGUGGAAGAAGCCACUACCACCUCCUUCCCCAAAACAGGGGUGGGGUGGGGCAGCUUUGCCAAGAAACCUGCCACAGAUUGCCCCCAUCUAUAAAUCUGUGCCAUGAAGGGGGCUAGUGGUCCUUCUGCCCCCAACCCCUCUGUGGACAACUUUGUGAGCUCUGAAUCCCUAUCCUCCUGCCUCUCAUGAAACUGUUCCAAUACUUUAAAAACUGUGUCACCUUGGGCAAGUCAUCCAUCACCCAGACUUCAGUUUCCUUAUCUGUGAAAUUGUCUUUUGAUUAUCUCUAAGGACCCUUUAAAGUUUGAAAAUUCUGUGAGAUUUCUUGCCUCAGUUUCCCCGUCUCAGAAGCCAAGGGCUCCACCUGCUUCCUCUAGUGUCAUUACUGAGCCUCAGCUGGGGGCCCCUAUUGAGUGCUGCCUCUUCCUCCUCCUUCUGCCUGGAUGCCCCCAGCUGCUCCAGCCUUGCUCUUCUGACUCCCCUAGCCCUUGACCUAGGCCUGCCCCACUGUAUAGAGGCCACCAGAUGGACUCCCAGACCCCCUCCCCCAGAGACAAAAAAAACUGUCAUUUGUCAUAUUCCAUCUGAAGACACCUGGGCUCUGCCUCACUAGGGAGGGCUAUGGGUCUCCUCACUGUGCCUCAGUUUCCUCUCCAUUGCCUAGGAUUUUGCCAUUGUGGGUUUUCAGAAAACUGGGCCACAAAACACUGCUUUGUGACAAAUUUGGGACCUUCCAGCUUCUCUUCCCCUCAGCAUGAAGACCCAUCUGGAAGUCAACAUGGCGGUGCCUGUAACAGCCGGCAUUGGGCAAAUAAAGGCCUUCAUGCCUGUC